AUGAACGCUUCUAGCGUUUGUGUGGCAGAUGCUGAUGCUCUUUUUGGCCCUCAGGUCGAUCCAUGUCGCAGACAAUUCGACUUCACGUUACUUUUCGAGCAGAGUGUUUUCACCGUCGGUCCAUCUGCAAUAUUUAUCGUACUCCUUUCUUUAAGAAUACCGAAACUAUAUCGAGAGAAAAGAAAAACAUUGCCGAAUUCACUUUGGGGUUCUAAAUUGAUUGUAAUAUCAGUGAUUUUGUGUCUUCAAAUUGCUCUUUUAGCAUCAUGGAUAGUUUCUCGGGGUCAACAGACACCCGUAUCUGUUCCAGCAACCGUCCUGUCAGUAAUUGUCACGAUUGGACUCGCAGCAUUAUCGAACCUGGAAAACAAUCGAACUAUACGCCCUUCAUUAGUAAUUUGCACCUAUCUUCUUCUUUCCACACUGUUAGAUUUAGCUCAGGCGAGAACACUUUGGUUGCAACAUGGAAACACAGCAUUGUCGGCAUUAUUCACAUGUAGUGUGCUAGCCAAAGCAGUUCUACUAUGUCUUGAAGCGUUCGAGAAAAGAUAUUUUCUAAAAGAUCCUUACAAUAGAUACCCACCCGAAGCUUUGGCAGGAGUUAUAAAUACAAGUCUCUUCUGGUGGCUCAAUACACUCAUCCAGAAUGGUCACAGAAACUUGCUCAGUCUCGGUGAUCUCUUUGACACCGAUAAAGCCUUAUCAUCUUCUUCUCUAGAGACAAGGAUGCAAACUGCAUGGCGAAAUCAGUCGCCCAAUGGAAAAUAUUCCCUCCUCUUCGCUAUUCUCACAAGUUUUAAAGUUCCUCUACUCACCCUUAUAAUUCCGCGUCUUUGCCUAAUUGGAUUCAAAUUCUCUCAGCCAUUGCUCAUAAAUCGAGCUAUCUCGCUGAUUGACAAUCCCGAGACGCCAGGAAACCAAAAUAUCGGAUAUGCAUUGAUUGGCGCAACCGCUCUUAUAUACCUUGGACUGGCUAUUACCACUGCCCAAUAUCAACACCAGAUAUUCCGAGUCAUCACCAUGAUUAGAGGCGGAUUAGUUUGCAUUAUUUACAAUGUAACGCUGAGCCUUGAUGCAAACUCCACAGGCGAUUCCGCAGCAGUCACACUGAUGAGUACAGAUAUAGAACGCAUUGGAACUGGAUUUAGUAGUGUUGAUAGUUUAUGGGCUGGUCCGAUCGAAGCUGGAAUCGCGGUAUAUUUAUUGCAGCGGGAAAUGGGUCUAGCUUGUAUCGCACCUGUCAUCAUUUCACUCGCAUGCACAAUUGGAGCAUUCUCCAUUAUGAAAUGGGCAAAACACACUCAAAAGGAAUGGGUCGAAGCGGUUCAAAAACGCGUUGCAAUCACAUCAUCAGCACUUAAAUCCGUAAGGGGAAUCAAGAUGCAAGGACUCACAACACGAUUAUCCGAAGACUUGCAGGAACUUCGUGUCCAAGAACUUGAGUGUGCAAAACCGUUUCGCAGAAAUAUCAUUGCCACGGCAGUGACAUCUAAUAUCACUACCCUGUGCGGACCAGCUAUAACGUUUAUUGUUUAUAUUCUUAUUCAAAGAACCAAGGAUUCGGCAACGUUGAAUAUUGGACAGGCUUUCACGAGUUUGUCUUUGAUUUCGUUAUUGAGUACACCGGUUUCGGAAUUAGUUCAGACGAUUCCUACACUUGCAGCCGCAAUGGGUUGUAUGGAAAGAAUCCAGACUUAUAUCAGGACAAAAGACCGUAACGAUCCCGGAUUUUCUAGUCCAGAUUCUGAACGCAUCUCGACAUCUGAGGCAUCUGGAGAUAGUGUCAAUCUCAAUCUCACUUCCCAUGAGGUUGAGUUGCAAGCAAUUCGUUCAAUCAUGCCGGCCUAUUCAUCCCAUGCUCGGGAAAAGAAUAUCAUCACAAUCAAAGACGCGUCUUUCACAUUCUCACCUGAAAGCACACCAGUUCUCGAAGAUAUCAAUCUUGAGAUCUCCCGCGGGACUUUAACAAUGAUUAUCGGUGCAAUAGGAAGCGGCAAAUCAUGUCUUCUGAAAGCAAUGCUUGGAGAGUUACCGAGUAGUAAAGGAUUUGUAUUCACGAAUACUUCAAGUAUUGCGUUUUGUUCUCAGACACCAUGGUUACCCAAUAGCAAGCUACGAGAACUCGUGCUUGCGGGAUCGAGCUAUGAUGAAGUUUGGUAUAAUGCCGUGCUUAAGGCUUGUGUGCUUCAUCAUGACAUUGCUACGUUUCCGGAUGGCGAGGAAACAAUCAUUGGUAGUGAUGGGGCUACUCUGAGCGGUGGACAGAAGCAGAGAUUGGCAUUGGCACGCGCAUUAUAUUGCAGAAAGGACUUACUUUUGAUCGACAACGUUUUCAGCGGACUAGAUUACAAGACAAAUAAAGCUGUAUUCCGCAAUGUUUUUGGUCAAGAAGGACUAUGCAAGGUGCAUAAUAUAACUGUGGUUCUUGCCACACAUGCAGUUGAACAUCUGCAAUCUGCCGACAAUAUUAUUGUUCUCUCCAACAAUGGCACCAUUCUAGAACAGGGAAACUUUCGCAAACUUCGAGAAAAUGAUGAUAGCUAUGUCAAAGACUUGAUUUUCCAUGAAAGUCUAGACGAGAAAUCAGCUGAGGUCUCAGUCACAGAAACCGUGAGUAAACCACAGAGCAAACCAAAACCAGCUGAACUCAACGACUUCAAUCGUCAAGAUGGCGAUGCUAGUGUAUACUUCUACUUUGCGAAAUCUGUAGGCUGGAUCUAUUUCUGUUUUUUCAUUGGAACAGUACUUUUGUAUACCUUCUCUAGCGAAUUCCAAGCCGUUCUCCUUGAACUAUGGUCCAAAGCGGAGACUAAUCAUCCAGGUAUUUAUACUGAUAUGUACAUGGGUCUGUACGCAAUGCUAUCCAUAGUUGCCUUGUGUGGAAUUGGGGGAUUGCUAUGCGUCACAUUGUUAUUUGCAGGCCCAUAUGCUUCUAUUAAUUUGCAUCGCACGCUCUUGCAUACUGUCAUGACUGCGCCAUAUUCCUGGUUCACGGCAACUGAUAGCGGAGUAACGCUAAACAGAUUCAGUCAAGAUAUGAGUUUAAUCGACAUGGAGCUGUUGAUAGGAAUCGUCGACACAUUCGCAGGUACAUUCAUGGCAAUUGCUCAAGCAAUACUUAUUGCCACCGGAGCCAAAUACGUCGGAGUUACUCUUCCAUUCAUAAUCGGAAUUCUUUAUAUUCUCCAGAGAGUAUAUUUGAAAACAUCCAGACAACUUCGAUUGUUAGAUCUAGAAUCCAAAUCACCGCUCUACUCACACUUUACGGAAACGCUCAGCGGACUCACGACGAUCCGCGCUUUUGGAUGGCAAACCCAAUCAGCCGAGAAGAAUCGAAAACUUCUAGAUAUCUCACAGAAACCCUACUACUUACUCUACUGCAUACAGAGAUGGCUCAAUCUUGUUUUGGAUCUCAUCAUUGCUGGUAUUGCUAUUAUUCUCAUCACCUUUGCAACACAAAUGCGUGGGACUACUAGUGCAGGUACACUUGGUAUCGCUUUAGUGAAUAUUCUACAGUUCAACUCGACAUUGAGUUUUCUGAUUAGAAAAUGGACUCAGCUAGAAACUUCUAUUGGUGCUGUGGCUAGAGUGAAGAGCUUUGAAGCGAAUACUUUAUCGGAAAAUGGUCCUUUGGAAGUUAAGCUACCGCCAUCUGAAUGGCCUGCUAAGGCUCAAGUCGAGUUCAGAGAUGUGACUGCUGCUUAUGGUAACGAUGAACCUGCUGUGCAGGGUGUCUCAUUUUGUAUCGAAGGCGGUACGAAACUGGGUAUAGUUGGAAGGACUGGAUCUGGGAAAUCAUCUCUCACAUUAGCACUCUUCCGGAUGCUCGAGCUAAAAACAGGAGAUAUCCUCAUUGACAGUAUCUCCAUUUCUACUCUCCGUCGUGAAUCAGUACGCUUUUCCUUCAUCACCAUUCCCCAAGAACCUUACUUUCUAUCUGGCACUGUCGGCUUCAAUGCAGACCCGUUUCAUUCUCUAGACAACCAAGCAAUCCAGACUGCGCUUGUUCGUGUUGGACUAUGGGACAUAAUAUGCGAUAACGGAGGGUUAGAAGCCCCUAUGAACGCAACGCCUCUCAGUCAAGGUCAACAGCAACUUUUCUGCAUCGCAAGAGCAUUAAUUAGGAAAAUGGCGUUGGGAAAUAAGGAUCAUGGGAUUCUGGUGCUUGACGAGGUGACGAGUAAUGUUGAUUCUGCUAGUGAAGAGAUCAUGUUGAGGAUUCUGGAUGAGGACUUUAAGGGUUGGACAGUACUUUCUGUAGCUCAUAGAUUGGCAACGAUUAGGAGCUACGAUAGAGUUCUAGUUCUUGAUAAGGGUAGUGUAGUGGAGGAUGGAGCGCCGGAGAAUUUGAUCCGAAAAGAGGGAGGGCUAUUCAAGGAACUAUGGGAGAAUGGAUUUGGGAAAGAUAAUACUGUGUAG